AUCUCAUAUGAGUAUAUAUAUAUAUAUAUAUAUAUAUGUAUAUUCUUAGUAAAUAAAGAUUAUGUAUAUUAGAUUCGGUGGCCGGGAAUUACGGCUUUGCUGUUUCCGCCUCAUAAAAAUAAAAAAGAAAACACUUGGAGUUUGAUUAGCUUUGUUUUGUUAAAUUUAGCUUUACAAAAUAAUACUCCAUAAUUCCAAAGAUUGUUUAUUAACUAAAAUCAGAACACAAAACGGAAGUUGAAGCAAAAUAUAAUAUUGUAUAUGUGUAUAUAUAUAUAUAUAUAUAUGUGUGUGAUUACGAAAUAAGUUUGGGGGUAGAUUUGGAAGAGCGGCAUUGAAUUGAUUGAGUGAUUGAUGGCGCGAGUUGUUUGUAUGUAUAUUCAUUCGAGAUUGAUUCCGAAAUCCAUGCAAUGCCUACGCCCCCACUUUUCCUUCCAUCAAUCUUCUUCGCCCCAAACCCAAUUCCCAAUUCCCAAUUCCCCAACCAUAUCAUCGCUCUUGUGCCUUCCUUGUCCAACCGAUUUCCUCCACAACCGCCGCGGCCAAGAAUUUGGAAUUGGAAUCUCCUUCCGGCACGGCACACAGGAAGAAAUGCUGAUGCGUCCAAGGUCAUGCCAGAUAAGGGCUGUGGAGAUGAAUUCCCACACAACAUCUCUGUGCAAACAGGGGAGGAAUUUUCACCAGAGUUUCUGAGGGAUCGAAUGGUAUCCAGAAGAACACUUCUUGCUAAUGAGGUUGAUCAAAUCCCAACAAGUAAACCGAGUUCCAAUGUUCCUAGGAAUCAUCAUCCAGUGUGUAAUGAUCAAGCAGGUGCUCUUGGGCUAAGGAGAGUAGACUCUGAGAGUUCUACAGUCUGCUCGGAUUUAUGUUCCAGGAAAGGCUAUGGAUUUGAUUUGGGCUAUGACAAUUGCAUACAUGGUUCGAAUAGAUAUUAUAGAGGCUUGCAAGGCAAUGCACAGCACCACAGGAACUUCUCUGGUGACUCUGGUGUAUCUGUUAAUUCAUUUGAGUCGCCUAAUUUCUAUCAGGUUUAUAACAAGGCACUUGGAGUGCUAGAUGGUUCCUUCACUGGAAAGAUAAAAUUUCUAUGCAGUUUUGGAGGAAAAAUACUACCGAGGCCAAAUGAUGGGAAGCUUAGAUAUGUUGGCGGAGAGACGAGGAUUAUAUCCAUAAGAAAAGACCUAAGUUAUCCAGAUCUGGUAAACAAGACGACUGCAAUAUGUAGAUACCCUCAUACAAUCAAGUACCAGCUUCCUCUUGAAGAUUUGGAUGCUCUUAUUUCUGUAUCUUCCAGUGAGGACCUACAUCACAUGAUCGAGGAAUAUCAUGAGUUAGAUAGGAGUUCACAGAGAUUAAGAAUAUUUCUCAUCCCUAGUGGUGAUCUUGAGGUUCCAGGCUCUUCAGAAGCUAGGGCAAUGCUACAGAAUGAUCCCGAAUAUCAGUAUGUUGUUGCAGUCAAUGGCAUGAUGGACUCAAACGUUCAUAAGAGCUCUAGCAGGGAGAGUAUGGAAAAUUUUGGUGGAGGUAACUUAGACGUAUUCCCAGCUGUUCACAAAGGUUCCCUGACCUCGUUUCAUUGUAUAGAAAAUCAGAACGGAGGGAGUAAUCUCAAUUUUAUGCCUCCCACUCUACAUGCUCAGGUUUUUUGUUCUCCUCAAGUACCUACCAGCUCCCCCAUUGUUUCUCCAUCAAUAACUCCCGUUCAGUUUACGGAUCCAAAUGUUUCGAAUAUGGAAGACUGUGGUGGUGUUGCAUGGCAAAAGGUCAAUUCUCCUUAUCUUAUAGGAGCAAAAACUUAUGAGAGUCCCGGUUGUGCUGAUGCCUUGAGCUAUAGCCGUAACAAUCCUAAUGAUUCUGUGCCAGUGGUAGUUUGUUCGAAUGCAAACAGCCAACCAGUACAAUCAUAUGGAACACCUACAGUGAGCUCUAGUUUUCUUCUGCCUAGUAAAAACUUUGAGUCUCCUUUACCGGGACCAAGUUACUUCAAUGCAACUAGAGGUUUUCCCACUGCUGUUUUGCUACAUGCUGAGAAAUUGGCUUCUUCUAAAAAUGCUAUUGGUUUUUCGCCUGUGUCUAAUACUCACUGUAAAUCUUGUAGAAGGAGAACUAAUCUUUUCCAUGAAUCAAAAACAACAAAUGAAGAGAAACCAAGCGUCUCUUUAGAACAAGGAUCAGAAAAGAUUUCUCAGGUAUCUAAGGAUGAGAUUGAACUCUCUCACGAAGCCCCUGGACUUAACAAUGAUUAUGAUUGUGAUAAAGACAUGACAAUAUCAAUGCAAAAUGCUGCAUGCACGUCCGAUGGGACUGCAAAGGCCUACGCCUAUAACAGUGAUUAUGCCUCAAAGGUCCAUGAUUUGGAGCGCAAACAGAAUUUGCCCUCAAUAAUGUGCCAACCAGUUUCAAAACUCCCUCCACAUGUUCAAACUUUGAAGCAGCAGAUUAGUGGACUCGAGAAUUCUCCUUCAAUGUUUAAUUCUGCUGAAAAUCCUGAGGAGAAUAUGAAAGAGCCUCCAAGAGAGCUAGAAUUUCUCAUCAAGAGCCAGAAAGGAAUUGGUGAUAAUGAUCAGUCCCAAGUUGCCAGAAAAGUUCCAUUUCUAAAUGAUGAAUUUGUUUCUUGUUUAGAUUCGAGGCAGCCUAAUGUUUUAGCUGAUGCUGCUCCUUCUCAGAAGGAAACGACAAAUGGAUCUUAUGAGAGUGUAGCCAAAGAUUCUAAUGGCAAUACAAACAAGGAUAACCCUGAUGGCGAUUUUCACAAGGAGUUGGUUAUUGAAAAGGCCAUUCAUAUCAAUUCUCAGCACUUGCGUAAUUGUCAUGAAACUCAUUCAACAGAAAUGCCUAAUGAAGUUGAAGACGCAAAAGCCGUACAAACAACUGAUGGCCAAUCAUCCUCAAAAGCAAUACCGAAUCCGCAGCUUGAACAUAAUGACAUGGUUGAAUCUCCGGGAACAGAAACAGAAGCUGAAAGUGUUGUCUCUGAAUCUGACUGUAAUGAUGCUAAUAUUGUUGGAGAUAAUAAGGAUGAACCAUUGAGUGACGCUGCAACAAUCGAAAUGGAAGCCACAAUGCAUGGUUUGCAGAUAAUAAGGAAUGCUGAUCUUGAGGACCUGCAAGAAUUAGGAUCUGGUACAUACGGAACUGUAUACCACGGAAAGUGGAGGGGGACGGACGUUGCCAUCAAAAGAAUAAAAAAAAGUUGUUUUUGUGGGAAAGCUUCGGAGCAAGAACAGCUGAUUAAAGAUUUCUUGAGGGAGGCGAAGAUUCUUUCUAAACUUCACCAUCCUAACGUGGUAGCAUUCUAUGGAGUGGUUCCCGAUGGGCCGGGUGUUUCGUUGGCUACUGUGACCGAGUACAUGGCGAAUGGCUCACUCAGAUAUGUCCUCCAGAGGAAGGAUCGAGUACUCGAUCGGCGUAAAAGAAUCAUGAUUGCCCUGGGCGCUGCAUUUGGUAUGGAAUACCUGCAUUUGAAAAAUAUAGUUCAUUUCGAUUUAAAAUGUGACAACUUGCUUGUCAACUUGGGCGAUCCUCAUCGACCGGUUUGUAAGGUUGGUGAUUUUGGGCUGUCGAGAAUCAAGCAGAACACUCUUGUGUCCGGUGGCGUGCGAGGAACACUUCCAUGGAUGGCUCCGGAGCUGUUAAGCGGGAGCAGCAAUCGGGUUUCUGAGAAGGUUGAUGUAUUCUCCUUCGGCAUGACUAUAUGGGAGAUGUUGACGGGCGAAGAGCCAUACGCAAACAUGCACUGUGGCGCCAUAAUAGGUGGGAUCGUGAACAACACGCUCCGGCCCGCGAUCCCGGAGAGAUGCGAGCCGGAGUGGAGGAAGCUGAUGGAGGAGUGCUGGUCGCAUGACCCAUCGCGGAGGCCUUCGUUUACGGAGAUAACAGACAGGCUUCAGGCCAUGUCCCGGGCACUCCAACCCAAGAGGUUUGGAGGCAGAGGCAGGCGAUGAUCAUGAGGAUGAUGUUGAGGACAUUUGAAGUUAGACAUACGUACUCUCUAAAAAAUAAAGGGAAAUGCAGCUCCAUGGGAUGGAUAUAUAGUAUUUAUUAGUAGAUGGAUGGGAUGGGAUGGGAUGGUAUAUGUGAAAUGUGAGGGUGGCGGUGGUUUAGCUAAAAAGGAGCAGAAAAGUAGUUAUGAAUUGGAUUGGAUGCCUGCCUGCCUUGGCCCUUUAAUUGGCUGUACCUUCUGUUGUUGUGUUGUAUAAUCAAUCUAUAUAGCAAUGGGAGGAAAGGGGAGGGGAGCUGUUUCUGUUUGUUUCACUUCUUUUGCUAUUUGCUAUUGCACCAAGCAGUCACUCGUGUGACCUUAGUCGUCGGAAGUUUGAAUUUGUGAGGUCACAAGUUCAACCUCCACACCAUACUAUCACUUAUGGGACAAAUUCUUUUCUUUUCUUUGGCAUGAAUAUUGUUGGAAAUCAGGGCACCGAUCGAACGAGAGGUCGCACAAUGGAGUUGUAGAAUAUAUUGCCGUAAAUACAAUUUAUACUACGUGGUUGUCACAUAGUUAAAACAACAAUGUGUAUUCGUGCAAAAAUCAAUGGUUGAGUGAGUGCAAAUAAAGAAAACAACAGACACGAUUUGUUUACCCAUCCAGUAUUCAAACUUACAUAUAGGAAAUUUCAAUCAAUGAGUCUUAACUAAACACAUUCCAAGACACCAAAAUACAACUACCCAACAUAUCUUAUAUCAAAGCUUUAUAUUAUUUUACAAACUCAAAUAGAUGGCAGUUACAACUCGGUAACAACUCUAGAAGACCAACAAUCAAGCUAAUAAUAAGGUAAUAUAAAAGUUGACUAUGUAUAAAGUUUUGUUUUACACCGUGUCUACAAAGUCAUAAAUGUCACGCAAGAAGAAAAAGGAAUAUUUUAUUGACUUCUUGUGUAUGUUUUUUAUUUGUCUCAUUUCGACAUAUAUAUAUAUAUAUAUAGGAUAGCUUUAAUACAUUCAAAAUGGAAAAUUUGAUCAACACAAAAAUGA